ACUUAAAUGCCAACUUUCUGAGGAAUUACAUCAUGUUGCCUUUCAUCUUCUUUGUGAAAUUUUAUCUUAUUCGUCUUUGAACUUUUCAGUUUCAUAUGCUCGAAGUAUUCCGGAAAUGCAUAGAGAAAGAGAACAAAAUUUGAGGAUAUUUACUCUCUCAGAGCUUAAGGAGGGUACAAGGAAUUUCAAUAGACUGUUAAAAAUUGGGGAAGGUGCUUUUGGGAGUGUAUAUAAAGGUUUUAAUUCAACCUCCUAAUGCGAAGGGUGAUCCUAUUUUGGUGGCUGUUAAGAAACUCAACACACUUGGAUUUCAGUUUCAGCUGCUCGAAAAAUUCCGGAAAUGUUUGGAGAAGGAGAGCAAAAUUUGAGGAUUUUUACUCUGUCAGAGCUUAAGGAGGCUACAAGGAUUUUCAAUAGAUUGUUAAAAAUUGGGGAAGGGUGAUCUUGUUUUAAUUGCUGUUGAGAAACUCAACACACUUGGAUUGCAGAUAUGGAGACAGGGUUGGCACUGGCUAUUCUUCUCCACCCAGCAAAUGCUGCCCUUUUAGAACUUUUUGAAUGCCCCAUUCAAGAGCAAGACCCAUUCAUGCCAAUAGGAAACGUGGUCAUAAUCAUGCGCAAGAUCCUUCCUCCCCAUGCCAAGAUAUCCAAUGAAUCCAAAGUGGCCAUCCAAGAGUGUGUCUCUGAGUUUAUAGGCUUUGUAACAGGCCAAGCCAACGAUAAUUGCCAGCGUGAGCAGCGCAAGACCAUCAUGGCUGAAGAUGUGCUUUCUGCCUUGAACGAUUUUGGUUUUGAUGACUACAUCAAACCCUUGUCUUUGUACUUGCAUCGCUAUCGUGAGGUUAAUGGUGGUGUGGGUGGAUCCCUGAAACGGGAGCCUUUGUUGUUGAAUCGUCCUAUGGUUGAUCCAGCUUCAAGCUGCAGCAUCAUGCCCAAUCAUCUGCCUCCUAAUUUUGAUAUGAAUCAUCCACCACCAAUGGGUGACGGUUUUAUGCAGGAGGAUGCAUCAAAUGGAAGAACUUCUCAGUGUACAGUGUCUACUGUGGAUAAUGAAGUUGAUUCUCUUGCAAAUGAGGGUAAGGAGUGAUCACGUUUUCUGCUGAAGGAAUUAUGUUGUGGUUGAAACUUAAUUUGUAAUGUUUAAGAAUGCUUCUUUCUAACUAAGUGAGCCAAAUGGUGUCUCCAAUUGGCUGUUUGUUUAUUUUGCUACCUCUCUAUUUUUAGUAUUCAACUAGUGAUUGCUUGUGACUUGUACUUAUUUUGACGCAAAAUCCUUCAAAUCAAUCAAACACCAAGCUUUCCAUUCA